AUGUCUACAGUCGUGUCUGACUGUUUCACUAUCGGCAGCAUAGUCGCUACCAGGACAUGCUAUAACGAAGACAUUGAAGGUGAAGUGUUAGCUUUUGAUCCUCAAACUAAAAUGCUGAUUUUAAAGUGCCCCUCGUCGAGUGGGAAUCCUAAACGCCACGAUGUGAAUAUUGUCAAUUUAUCGUUAGUCAGCGACGUCCAAAUCAAAAAGGAAGUGACCACCGUUCCUGAACCACCACAAUCUUUAAACUUGCACAGGCUCAACACUAGGGUCAGAAAUUCUAUCGAAAAUAAGAGGAGACUCGUGUCCGCACUCUCAGCAUGCCUAGACCCCGAGGGUCAGAGGCUCUUCCUCGCAAUUGCAAGAGUGAUAGAUGACGUCUCUUGGGCGGGGCAAAGCAUCAGAGUGUAUAAUGAAGUUACCAUCACACCACCGUACAAGGUGGAAAACGUAAUAGGGGAGCAAGAUUCCAAACCAUACAACUACAUACGUAAGUUCGUUGAGCGCCAUUGGCGAGACCACCGCGAAGCCAACUGCUCCAGACACCAG